AGGGGCUCAAGGUGAUUGCAGCGGCGGAGAGGUACCGGGCACCGGCUGGGGUGGGGGCGUAAUGGGGAGUGGAGGAGCUGGUGCCAUCCUUUGCGAUGCAGGAGACGUUGGACGAUAGAUUAAACAGUGCGCAGAGUGAUCAACCGUAAUAUAUGUUUGUGUGGACCUUUUGCAGAUGGCAUGGUUAGCGUGUACGGCAAUGUUUUGGUCUGGUACGAACUGGCAGUUAGUGGCAUGGGUAAUACCUAUGUGCGCUCUGGUGAAUGUAAGUACUUGGCUUACCGUAUUCGCUAUUUGGUUUGAUCUGCACAAACGCCCUUGUAAUCGGACCUGUGCUAGCUGCGCCCUUCUCCAUUUCCUGACCGUGAGACCGCUCUAGCUCAAGCCAUUAUGGUGGCGUGUACAGUAGACCAAGGAGCUCUCUUAAAAGUGCUUGCGCACGCCGCGAAGUUUCCAUCAAACAGCGUCAAUGGUGUUUUGAUAGGCAGCUGCGCGGAGGGCGGCAUUGUAGAAGUUCAAGAUGCAAUUCCAUUGUGUCAUACAACGCUUUCGUUAGCACCGGCGCUGGAGAUAGGGCUAGCACAGGUGGAGUCGUACACCAACAUAGCUGGCAGUCUCGAAAUUGUGGGAUAUUAUCAGUCGGACGCGCGGUUCGGGCCCGGGGACCUGUCGCCGCUGGGGCGCAAGAUUGCGGACAAGGUUUCCGAGCACCAAUCAAACGCGGUUGUGCUUGUCCUCGACAACAAGCGACUGGAGCAGUUCUGCAAGGCGCAGGCGGAUAACCCGUUCGAGCUGUUCAAUAAGGAUGGGGCCAAGGGAUGGAAGCGCGCCGGGUCCGCAGAGGCUGCUGAGUCCGACGCCAAGCUGCAGGUCAAGGGAGGGGACUGGAAGAAGCUGCGGGAGGAGUUCUUCACGAUGUUCAAGCAGCUGAAGCACCGGACGCUGUACGACUUCGAGGAGCACCUGGACGAUGCCGCCAAGGACUGGCUCAACAAGAACUUCAGCUCCACCGCCAAGUUCCUGCUGCCGGGGAACGCCCUCUAGCUGUCGCUGGGGGCGUACGGCGGCAUCCUGGGGCAUCUACGGCGUACGGCGGCAUCUCAGCUUGGGCCGGGCUGGAAACCUAGCAAACCUGACAGAGCUUUGUGCAGUGGCCAUCUCUCCACAGCGGCAGCAGCAGCGGCAGCGCUUUCAGCACCCGCCAUCGCACAGCAAAUGUUCAUCCCCGGUGGUAUUCAGGGCACGAAGCACCGCCCUAGGCUCUGACUAGCUCUGGGGCUGAACCUGGGGGUCGGAUGCUGCUGCGAUGGGCUGAUGGCUGGCUGGGGCCGUCACUGCUGCCGCUGCUAGCCCGGCUGUAGGAGUCGGCCUGGCACACCUAUCUACGGCCAGCCCCAGAAGCUGCUCUGAUGCCGGCAUCGCAUGGCGGUUAGGCAUGGGAGGGUACUGCUAACCUUUCGCCAAAGAUGACUAAUGCUGCGGAGUGGGAAGCAGCUGAGCGCUGCCGGUGCGCUCCUGCUGCACCCCUACGUAGGCGCUGCUGGGGGUGGCCAGCAGUGCUUGCUGCGUGAGACGAGGGCAGUUGCAUGCCGGGGGACACGUGAUGCGCUAGCAGCAGCAGCAGCCGAGGGUUAAGAGGUGGUGUGGCGGCUCAGGCUUGCGGCUUUAGGGUUUCAGGAGUGGAGUGUACAAAAUGGGUUGAGUGUAUUGAGCUGUGCAAGGUGUAAGGAGAUGGUGGGAGGGAGAUGGCGGAGGGGGAAAGGGACGUGCGCUGUUGCCUUGUAAUGGUGCUGAGGACGCCGUGUCUUAACAAUUGUGCUAGCUGGGUUAAGGAAUUGCUGGAUAUUGCUGGAUUGACAAUCGUACACCUUUCUGUUAGGCACAUGGAAGGGUCCUGUGGCGGCGUACGGCUCUGUUAGCGGGUGGGGCACGUGUAGGCUGUAAGGAGAUGUGUUGCAUGUGGACUGCUGCGCCGCAGUGCAGUGCCAGGCCCAGCUACAGCAGUACCGGGUCGGGCGGAGCUCGACUGCUUUGACAGCAGGUGUCAUAUGGCGUCCUAGCGAUGCUGAAUGCCGUACUGUGUACAGGAAAUUUCUGUGUUAUCGGGUAUCGCAUGCCCGGUGCUGCCUUCUGGGGGCUGGUGGGCCUGAUGGGAUUAGCGCCGCUUGCUGGGCGGUGGGUGGACUCCUUCCUGGGAGCCGUAGGGAGAGCUGGGGUGGACGGAGGCACGCGACCCUGUACGGCAAGGGCGCGUGUGAAGGAGUAGGGUACCGUCGCGCAGGGGUGGAACCGUGUAAGGCAGCAGGGCUUCGAGAG